AUGGGGAACCCGUUGACAAAUCAAGACAUUCUGGAUCUCAUGUCGGAUCUAGAGCUCGAUUGGUUGAAAAUAUACGAUGAUGCUAUGAGAGAGGGAUUGAAAACCCGUGCCGAAUUAUUGUUUGGGAUUUCCGAUUCUCUGGAUGCGACGAUAAAAUCGAAUCCUAACGAAAUGGCCAUCAUUUACCUCGCUAUGAAAGAGAGGUUAAAAUGUCGUUCUGUGGUGUUGAAAGGAGUUUCAAAGUCGUUAAGAGAGGUGGUGAAGGUGUUGAGUGAGAUGUCCAAGGCUUGCGAUGAUGCGCUGAAGGAUAUGCCGAAGACGUAUUGGGAGGAGGAAGAGGAUAGAUUGGGGGAGAGGGAGUGUGAGAGAGAUUAUGAGUUGGAGUUGAAGAUGCCGAGGAUGUUGGAGAGGUAUCAUGUUUUGCUUGAUCCGAGAAGAGUGCGGAUGAGGAAGGGGGCGCUCGCUCCGGGGAAAGUGGUGGGUGGUAGUAAGCCUGCUAAGAAGGAUUGGAGUUUGACGUGGGAUGGGGGACUGGAAAGUAAACAGGAUGGAAAAGAUGAGAAAUAG